UUUUAAUAAGCUCGCUAGACGGUAAAGGAGAGGUGUAGAAAUUUGGAUCAAUUUUGAUAUAUCAUUAUCAAUUAAUGUACAAAACUAUUAGGAUAGAAAGUAAAAUUAUGAGAAUUUGAUAACUAUGGAUUUACCUCAACCUCCACAAGACACUGAACUUAGGAAUAUUAUUGAUAAAUUGGCCCAAUUUGUGGCUCGAAAUGGCCCGGAAUUUGAGCAAAUGACUAAAAAUAAACAAAAGGGAAAUCCGAAAUUUCAAUUUUUGUAUGGCGGUGAAUAUUUUAAUUACUAUCAAUGCAAAGUUGCAUCUGAACAAGCAAUAGUCAAACAACAGGGUGGUGUUGUGAAUGAUCAAGAUAAUACCUGGAUUACACCACCGCCUCCUCAAAUGCAGCACACGGCGGAAAUUGAACAAAUUAAUAAACAGCAGGAUGUUUUAAGAGAACAAAUUAAACAAAGUGAACACAAUUUAACAGCUCAACAUACGGUACUUCUUCAACAACAACAAACUCAAGUUGAACAGACAGUGGCUAAAUGUGAGGCUGCAGAUUUGCAAAAAGAAUCUGACCGUUGUGAAGUAUCACUGACAGAUAUUCAUAGUAUUCUACAACCUAUUAUAGAUAGUUGUACUAAGGACAGUAUAAGCAAUGGAAAAUCUUGGUUUUUACAGCACGCUACCAAUAAGGAAAAAGCACAUUGUAUAGUUGAAAGCCUGUUGUAUAAAGUUCUGCAGACUGGAGUUUUCUCUCAAAAAUUACACAUAAUUUAUUUAGUCAACGAUCUAUUGCAUCAUAGCGCGAGAAAGAACGCAAACGAUCUAAAAGACGCGCUAGAAAGGGUCGUGGUACCGAUGUUUUGCAACGCCAGCAUAGCCGCUACCACCGAUCAAAAACUGAAACUCGACAAACUGUUAAAACUGUGGGAAUCCAAAACGAAUUACCUAAAGCCUGACACGUUAGACAAGAUGCGCAACCCCCUGCAGAGCUAUCAACAGUACCAAGCCGACCAGAUGGGCAAGUACACCGGCGAGGUAGCCUCGUUGGCGCAGCAAACGAAAGUGACGUUCGACGGUUAUCAGGCCCAGCAUCAGGCGUUCGUGUGCCACGCCAUGCAACAGAUCAUGGAUCUGCAACAGCAAAAACAGAAUUUGGAACAGCAGGUCGUCGCUCCGCCUCAGACGCAAACGAGCAGCGCGACAGGUGGUUCGUCAAUCGUACCUCUAGAAUCGAUCCAAGCUAGUUUACAGCAAACAAUUCAAAACCUCAGCCAAGGCGUCACCUCGAACGCCAUCUCAAACACCCCCACGUUCUCUAUAUCGAGCAUAAAUUCCACCAACACCACCGACAACUACAUGGAAAUGAACACGUCGAUACCCCCGCCGAAUAUGGGCGCCACCAGCGUGGCCCAGCAAUCGAUGAAUUUGAACAAUUUCGCGCAAAGCGCUGCUACGGUACCCGUGUUUCCGGUGGCGCCCGAUUUGAGCCUGCAACCGCCUCCGUUGGUCGCGACGGCGCCGAACGGUUUGGAAAAUCUGCCGUUCACGCAACCGCCGCCCGGAUACUUCUCACCGCCCGGACUGUUUCCGGAUUUCUCGAAGCCGCCGCCCGGAUUUCCCGCCAAACCGGAACCGUAUUUGGAGGAGUUGAUGCCGUCGGCGCCGUAUUACGAUCUGCCGGCCGGGCUUAUGGUUCCUUUAGUUAAGUUGGAAGAAACCACAUAUAAACCAUUAGAUCCUAAAGAUAUUAGGUUGCCACCGCCAGCGCCGCCUAGUGACCGUCUUCUGGCCGCAGUCGAAGCCUUCUACUCGUUACCGAGCCACGAAAGGCCUAGAGACAGCGAAGGUUGGGAGAAACUAGGUUUAUAUGAAUACUACAAAGCGAAAAAUAUCGCUAAAAAGGAGAAAGAAGAACUGAUACAAGCUGGACUGAGGCAGAAAUCCCGCAGUCCCAGCCCGGUUCUGUUACCCUCAGAAAAAGAACCGUCCCCGCCGAAGAGGCGGUAUCGAAGCAAAUCGCCGACGCCGCCUCCUACGCAAAUCUACAGGAACAACAAGCGAUCGAAAAGUAGAUCCAGAUCGAGGUCGAGGAGCAGAUCUCGAAGUCCGAGGAGGAGGUAUAGGGAACCUAGGAUCGAGAGGGAACCCCGGACCGAGAGAGAACAGAGACCCGAGAGGGAGCCUAGGAGCGAAAGGGAAUCCAGGAGCGACAGGGAGUCCAGACCUGAGAGGGAAUCGAGAUCGGAUAGAGACUCGAGAAGGGAAAGAAGACGAAGGAGUCGGACGAGGUCUAGGUCGAGGUCUAGAUCGCCUAUUAGGAGAUCCAUUUCGCCGCCUGCCACUUUUUCUCAUCUUACUUUAAUGCAAAACGCUAUCCAAGAGCUGGAUUCGUCAAAUAAAGGCCACCAGAUGCUCAAGAAGAUGGGGUGGGGCGGUAGUGGUUUAGGUGCUAACGAACAGGGCAUAGACACUCCGAUAUCGGGCGGUGACGUUCGCGACAGACAGGACCAGUUUAAGGGGGUGGGAUGCAACCUGAACGAUCCGUACGAGAACUUUAGGAAAAACAAGGGAGCCGCUUUCAUUACGAGGAUGAAGGCCAGGGCGGAGGAGCGAGCGGCAGAGAAUGUCGUCGAUGAACAGCCGGGAGCUUCAAAUAAAAGGACGCGAAGGACGAAAUGAGGUCUGGUUAUAUUUUCGUCAUUUUUAUUUUAUUACUAUUUUGUAUUUUUAUAAAGAGUGAUCCACAAAAAAAUGUUUCCAAAAUAUGUCGUGGCCGACAAAGGUAGAGAUAUGAUAAAACUUUCUUAACCGUUAAUGGAAAUAUAGAGAUGGGGUUGGAAGUUUAUUGAUAGAGGUGAGACUUUAAUUAUAUUUUGAAUCUGAAUUUUAUGACUUGACUGGACAUGUGUAAUCAAAUUUAUAUAAAUCAUUGCUGUUGGUUAUUAUAAUGAUAAUAAUAUCUAAAUACAGUUAAAAAAUAUAUAUAUAAUUCCGCCAUAAGUAUUUGAGGUGUAUAAACUUGUUGGCAUAAUAUGUAUAUAUGAGUGAAUUUUUCUAAAAAACAUUUUUUGUGGAUCACUCAAUAUUACAUUGACAUUAUUAUAUCUCCUACUCCCACAAAAUCUUUUUUUUUUUUAAUAAAAGACUUAAUUGAAAAAUCGUAUUUAUUUGCCACCUACUUUUAUGCAUGUAAUAUGCGUUUACGAGAUGAGUUGCUGGAACCGUUCUAAAAAAUAAUACCGUUUAAUUCAACUCACACUAGCAUCGAAAUUAUUUAAUUCUCAAAUUCAGCCUAUUUUGUAUUUUUUAUGCUUUUCAUGUUUUUUUGACGAAACUUUUGUUUUUAUUGAGAGUUUUUCCUUUUAACACCCAUUUUCACAUCGUUUCAAUGGCUGAACCGUUGAUACAAAGAAAAAAACUCCAAGUACAUGAGCUGUAUUUAAUUUAGGUCCAAACUUCCAUGGUUCAACAUUUAUCCUGGGAAAAUUUUUGUCUGAAAACCUCAGUAGUUAAUGUUCAACUACCCAAAAAACAAUAAUUGAAAACAUAAAAAAUGUAUAGGAUAAGUCAAAGUUAAAAUAUUACAUUAAUACUACAUUAAGCACAUGCAGUAAUACAAGCUAAAACGGAAAAAAAGAAAUAUA